AAUUAAGUAUAGUAGUACUUGCUUUAAAAAAAAAAAAAUGCUUCACAUUAUUCUUUGCCUCUCCAUCUCUCUCCUCUUCUCGUCGCCCUCAAAGGCCACCGUGCAGGACUUCUGCGUGGCGGACCUAACAGCCCCGGACACCCCGGCCGGAUACCACUGCAAGGACCCGAAGAAGGUCACUGCCGAUGAUUUCGUGUAUUCGGGCCUUGCUGCCCCCGGAAACACCACCAACAUCAUAAGCGCUGCCGUGACACCCGCCUUCGUGUCCCAAUUCGCUGCCCUGAACGGGUUGGGCCUGUCCGCGGCUAGGCUGGACCUCGCGCCAGGUGGGGUCAUCCCACUCCACACCCACCCGGGGGCUAACGAGAUUCUUUUGGUGACGCAUGGGAGAUUAACGGUUGGCUUUAUUUCCUCGGCCAAUGUACCUUACGUGAAGUCACUUAAGAAGGGAGACAUUGCGGUUUUCCCACAAGGGUUGUUGCAUUUUCAGUUGAACGACCACAAGACCCACGCGCAGUCUUUUGUUUUCUUCAACAGCCCAUACCCGGGACUUCAACUCUUGGAUUUCGCUUUGUUUGCUAAUGAUUUGGCCUCUAUUUUGGUGGAGAAGACCACAUUCCUUGACGAAGCUACCGUUAAGAAGCUCAAGGGUGUUCUUGGUGGCACCAACUAAGGCUAUAUUAGAUUUUAUUAAUCCAUUUGAGUCAUGAACAUUUUCUGUUAUCUUUUAAUUCGUUGUGUAAUUAGCUAGCUAGUUGCUGUGGUUUGGUUUUGAUUGUUUUGUGGUUGGGGUUUAAUAACGACUCUUUGAGCUUGGCAUUCUUCGAAUUAGUCAUUAUGGAAUUUCUAUGAAUUGCAUAUCUAAAUUCCAUCCUUAUUUCUCAAUUGGGCAUUAUGAAUAUCUUUUGCCUCCAUAGCCGUUAUUUUUUUAGGCAUCUUUGUUGCCAUCUUUUUCUUCGUUAAGACAAAAUCUCCAAUGUAACGUCCUGCAUUUAAUGGCGCGGCAUAGAUUACAAGAUGGAACAUAUGACUGGAUAAACUAAUUUAUGCCUUAAA